AUGCCAUCCCAAUCCAAACUAGGGUGGAUUUGGCCCAAAGACCCUCGCCCCGGCAAUCUAUACCACUGGCCGCGACGCUGGCGCCUCUUCGACGUCCUCACGGGCAAGGGACCAGAUAUCUACGUCGGAAGACUCAAGCAAAGAGAAAGGGGAGACGGAAGUCGACCUCCGUAUGCGAGCUCCGGCGGGCCCACGAUGGAGGAAUGGUCGGGAUGGGACAAAGAUGAGUGGGAUACGACUCGCAGUCCCUUUCCGUGGGCACAACGGAGUGCCGAGGAGAGAUAUGACUUCCGCACAAGGGAAUACGCUAUCCCGGACCAGGGAAGUUGGAGUGGUGUCCGGUAUUGCGGUGGGGGAAGUGUGAGGAGGACCAAAUGGGGUAGGAAGAAGGAAGAGGUGCAUUGUGUUCCAAGGCGGUAUUGGGAUCGGAAUGGGGUCGAGUAUCCUGCGGAUUACUGGCACAAUACUCUUUAUGGAAGACACUGGGAUUGA